UAGAAACACAGUAAUGGGUUAUCAAAUUUGACAAUGUUAUGUUGUUCUCAAAUCUAACCUAAUGAGAGUUCAGCUAUAAGCCUGAUAAAAAUGGAAUAUGACUUCAAUAUAAAUAUGGAAGGAGCCAAUACCUCGAAUGUAGGAGAAAAACGGUCUGAAAACCUGUCGAUUGUCUGACAAACUUGUUGGGGCACCUGAACGUCAAUUAGGCGGUCUAGAAAGAGACUGGUCUGGAGGUCCCUGCGAUGACCUUGCUCAGAUCCAGAUGCAGGCCACUGUGGCAUUGGGUCAAUGAGCAGCCAGUUGGCUAUAAAAGCCGAUGUCCAGACUGAAGUGGACUUGUGUUAAAUCAGCAAUCGACAGGAGCAAUCCUACUGCACAAAAAGCAUGUUAAAUAAAGUUGUAUUGUUUUUGGCCCUUCUUGGCCUGACUCAAGCUGGUUUGCUGCCCGCAAAACCUUCCGGAAGUGAGGACACCUUUGAUAAUCAUCCGCACUACUCCUUUAACUAUGAUGUUCAGGAUCCAGAGACCGGAGAUGUGAAGUCGCAAUCGGAGUCCCGGGAUGGGGAUGUGGUCCAUGGUCAGUACUCCGUCAAUGAUGCCGAUGGUUACAGGCGGACUGUGGACUACACCGCCGACGAUGUGCGUGGCUUCAAUGCGGUUGUGCGGCGGGAACCACUUUCCAGUGCCGCAUUGGUGGUGAAGCCAAAAGCCCCCGUUGUGGCCCCCAAAGUUCAGUUCCAGCCGCUGAAGAAGUUGCCAGCUCUGAAACCCCUCUCUCAGGCAUCGGCGGUUGUGCAUCGAUCCUACGCACCACUGAUCCAGCAUGCCCCAGUGACCCAUGUGGUGCACCACUCUGCUCCAGCGCACUCCUUCGUCUCCCACCAUGUGCCACUGCUGAAGACCUCCUUGCACCACACCCAUCACCCCCAUGCCAUCUCUUAUGUGUUUUAGAAUCGGCUCUUCAAU